GAUUCCAAAACCAGAAAAGUUGUUCCCGUUCUGUGAAACAGAAAGUUAAGCAGGGUUGUAUUUAAAGCCACAACAGAUCAGGACUACGAGCUCAGACGACGGCAGAAGGGAUUCCACACCAAUACUGAACCGUAGCCUAACAGGUCGACCAUGUCGGAAAGUCAUCUAAUGGGCUUUUUAGUCCUUUUUCUAUCAAUCCUUCGGACUGAAUCAACUAUAGGAAUUCUCAAUUCAAUCAACGACCUGAAGAACAUCCCAUUCGGCCAAUCGGUGCCCCAGCACAGCCUUGUGCUGCUCCACUGGUUUGCCAACACCAUAGAAAUAGACAACAACGAUGCGAUAGUGCUGACCUUUGAACCAGACCAUGACACUCAUCACUAUGGAAACUAUGAGGGAGUCCUGGAUCCACUGCCCUUCGGCCAGCAGUACUACACCCUCGGCAACAUCAACCCCAUGAUCAACAAUGAUGGAAACUCUUUGCCCUCUUAUUUCACUGGUCAACUAAACGAUCUGUUGGGGAGUGAGGAACUCAACAGGGCCCGCAUCAUAGUCUCGCUCUUGGACCAGGACACCAUCGGUCAGGUGUUCAUCACACAGCACUACGAGGCCAAUCAAGAUCGGGGGACUGGGUACGACCCAGUGCACACCUACCGGAUCACCAUCGACCUCUUGAGGGAGCUCAGAGUCUUCUCCUUGGACCGAAGAGAACAGUCUGAUCUGUCAGAGAUCGGCGGCAACAUCGGAAGCGGCAUCAAUGACCACGAACUUUCGUCUGUAAGAAACAUGUGGGGCCAGCUGGCGUGUGUCGGACUGCUGUUGUUCAUCGUGAUCAACGAGAGGAAUUCUCCUUGCAGUCCCAACAGAGCUCGAGAUCCGAAGCUUACUCCAAAACGUAACGUUCGAGAACCAAAGCUUCCUCCCAAACAAAACGUUGGAGAACCGGAUCUUCCUCUUAAACCUAACGUUCGAGUACCAGAGAGUCCUCCGAAACAUAACGUUCAAGCAAGCGCAACUCCGCACAUAUCUGUGAAUAUCCCAGAGAACAACUUCAACCUCAGACGACUAAACCAGGGCUGGGACAUUGUUCAAUGUUGUCACAAAUGUUGGUGUGCAUUCAAGUUAUGUAGACUAAUAGUAGGAAUAAUAAUAGCAAUAAACAUAAUAAUAAUAAUGUACGUGUCCCUAACUUAAUUUAUAGAGCACCUUUCGAAAGCAGAUUACAAAGUGCUUGACAGAAUGAAACCAGAAUAGGAGAAUAGAAUGGGUGAAACCCUAACCCUAAGUGCAGAAUAAAUAAGACACCAAAUACAUACAAUCCUAGAACUAAAUAUAAACGUUUGGAGAUGUAGAGGCGUGCUAGACAAUGUGUAGCUUUAAAGGUGAUGACAGUAGAGGGCAGAGCUGACCCCAUGGGAAGGCCAAGGUUCACUGGAGUGGAGUUCCACGCCAUACCCUACAGGGAGGAGUGAAGUCAGUGCUCUACAAGAACCACCGGGACACCAGUGGGAUCCUUCACUAGAGUACUGGGCCACACUGGGGAACCUUUGAAACAUCGGUUCCACUAAACGCCAUCGGGUCAGGCUCCACAAAGGCAUACGUCGUUGCCUCUUUUCGGGUGUCAGACAAUAUGUAAACGAUAUCUAAAAAACUUAAAACAAAUGUUUUCAGCAAACACUGUAAAUCGUUAUAUCCGGUAAUGUGUUGAUCCAGAUGUGUUUAAUCAGUCUUUAAAUGAGAACGGUUCAGACGGACAGGGUAAAUGUUUUGCACUUGACAAUCCAGUACUUCCUCAUUAUUAUUAUUAUUCAACACUGAGUCAGGGCGAGCGCUACCAUUACAUGUUAGGGUAUCCCGAGGGGGAAUGUUACAUUCCCGUGGGAGGAUUAUUGGUGAAUACUUUUAAUAUGCAGAAUUACAGUGGGGGCUCUGAUCUUGAAUAUAAUGGAACCAUAAUUCUCAUACAUUUAUUUUUAAUGAUCUCCAGUUAAGCAUUUAAAGAUUUCUGUAACUCUUUUUUCAGUCUGUAGGCUUACUUUCCCUGUAUUUGCAUCCCACUUGUUCUUAAAAGAAGCACUCUUACUAC